CAUUCUAGACCAUUGGUAUGAGGGAAGGAGUCAUUACUAUCCUGAAAUUUUCUAAUACAAUCAAGAACUCAUCGAGGCUUGCAAUAUCAUAUCAUCUGUGUAAAUAAUUCAUACAGCAUAUCCUAUCACUACCACAAUGUUCUCCAGCGCCCCUUCCCAAAACCACCGCCUGAAAGUCACCGCGGGCACAUCCUACACACCAGAAACCCACGAAACCAUCACUGUAAAUAGUACAUCUCCUCUACAACUCAAGAGCGACCACUUAACCAGCAAUCUCUGGGUGCGCAUCAAAGACUACACAGGCUACCCAACCACCUCCCCCAAAACAAACCCCUACUUCGACACAUCCCCAUUCAACCAAAACCUCUUCUCCCUCACCUUCACCCUCAACUUCACCCACGACGUAAACGGCAAUGACCUCGUCUUCGGAAAUGACUUCGACCAUCCGAUCCGUUCAUACCUACCAACAGGAUUUGGCACGGCGCUGAAGAUAGUCAAGUCCACACUUGAUCCCUCGUUAGAUGGUGACGCAUAUGCCGACAAGCCAUAUUCAUAUAGUCCUGGACUAGCGUCGUGGAAUCAAUUCUCGAUUGGCGAGAAGCAGGAAGAUGACGGGCAAGAGGACAAUAUUAUAGUCCAAGAAGGCGGCACGGGGUCUGGUUUGGAUGUACGAAAGGAGUGCAAUAUUCCUGAUAGCUCCUCCUCACGGAGAACGCAUUUCCAGAAUGAGGAGAAGAGGAAGGGGUUUAUAUUUGAGAAAGGGAGGACUUAUGCGGUGGAUUUUGGAAAUGGGUAUUUGGAUUUUAAUGAGUUCGCGAUUCGGAUUCCCGGAUUUAGCUUCCAUAUAGGGAAAUAUGUUAGUGAGAAAAAUAAUGUGCUGCGGUAUGUCUUGAAGAAUCGGGCGACGGGGGAGAUAUAUUUGGUGAUUUGCUUGACGGUUGUGCUGGAGAAAGAAGCUGGGGAUGAUAGUGAUGAGGAGGGGGAGAGAGAUGAUUUAGUAGAUGUAGAAGAUGAACAGGAGGUAGACGAUGUGGACUAGCUGAUCGGGCAAAUAUGCUUGUCGAUGACCAUUGGUGCAUAAGACCCUAGAACGAUGCAAUAUUCCGUUGUAGUUCAACCGUAGUUGGAGGAGAGGGUCAUUUAGCUAUAUACAGCAGAAGCUCAUUAUAUCUUCGUCAAU